UUCGAUAUCUCAACCGUCCUUAUCAGCAAAGUCUGGGAGCAAGCUACAUAAUACCAGGUCAGGCUUGCUUUGGAUCGCAUUUCCCUCGUUUUCUUCAUCAUGUCCUCGGCAAAGGGUAUUGUCCUUGCAGAAGAUGCUCCUUUACCGGAGAAGAAGAGAAAGUUCUCAUUCUUCCGUGGACGAAAUACAGAACCAAUCGUGACUGUCAUACCGGUAGAAGGACCCUCGAGUCCGCAAACACCUACGCCAUUGACGUCUCCAACGCACACCCAGGCAUCCGGUUCCGGCUGGCAAGCUGGCUCUGUACGUUCGUCAUCGUCGUUUUUGGGCGAUAUUUCUAGUGCGCAACGCGCUCCGUCCCUGAGCCAAGCGCUUGAAGAUCCAGAUUUGCUCAGCAAGGCGGAUGUCGACGGUCUGCCUACGUAUGCAAGCGUGGGAUAUCCUCCAGUGGCCGUCACGUAUAGCUUUGUACGCUGUUCGCCGUUCGCCAUGAUGUUAUGCCCAGAGGGCUCCAGCACGGAGGGCUCGGGGCUAUACCACAUCAGUGUCGGAGUCAACGUUUGGAUGCCGAGUAUGACAGUGACAACCGUGAGGAGAGGAUCGGGCGAGACUGGACCCAUCAUAGCGAGCUUGGAGUGAGUUGCGGCCUGCUGAUAUAAAGAAGAAGCCAUGUACUCAAAGACCCCGUACCCUCAGGCUUGGAAUAUCGUCAUCACCCGCUACUGUAACGGUGGGCGAGGUCUGUCAACCGUUAGAUCAAGUCUUCUAUAGGAAAAGCACAAUGAGCAGGUGUGGGGUGUUCGGCACGCAUACAGCCAGUCAUGUUUGUUCUGACUGUGGGUAUAGCACGCGCACAUACUUUAUUGGACCCGGAAGAGGUAUAAAAUGGAAAAUGGGUCCGAACUCCUGGCAGGUUAGUUGACAUCCGUGUGGGU